GCAGCCCCGUUUGCUUACCCACCAACUGAUGGUCACGCUCCAAGGUGGAGAAGAAGGCGCCGCUCUCCAAGGUGGUCACGCUCAGCAAGGCCCUCAAGUCUGUGUCGGAGAGGCAGGCCUUUUUCCUGCCUCCGUUGCAGCGGCGGGGUCCACUCGUCAGAGACUUGUGCAUAAGGCCGCGAGUACCCUCGCCCAACCGCCGUGCCGUUGUUGCAGAUCCCGACGGCCGCCGCCAGCCGGCGCUCUUAGUCCGACUCCAUGGCUGCCGCUUCGCCCCCCGCCCCGCUCGAAGCCGGGCCCUCCUCUCCCCGAGACCACCUCCCCAGGCCCAGCGUGGCAAUCUCAUGGGAUUCCGAAGCAGCUUUUUGCGGAUAGGCUCGUCCAGCAUCAGAAGAAUAUUGUAUCUAGAUGGCCAUCCCAUCUAGCUUGCCCUCCAACCAAACACCUCAAAAAAUUAGAUGGCCAUUUUCCAUCCAGGGAUAUCCCUCCAACCAAACACACCCUUAUAUACAUGUUGUAAAUGAUAUUACUUGAUCUAAAUUUUGGAUUACAUCUAGCACUACACAGCCAUGCAGAAAGGUGUGAGAUGGAGUCAGAGGCAUUAAUCAUUGAUCCGGCUCUGCUUCCAACUCUAGAGGGUUUACUUCAGGAAAUGUAUGCAUCAUUGCGACCAGAGCCAGUGAACUAUGAGCACCGACAUCUUAUGGUCGACGUCUUCAACAAAAUUGCUGAACAAAUUUUUGGUAAAAAGAAUGGGCUUCCAGUUGUGGAAGCAUUUGGAUCAUUCACAAUGGAUCUAUUUACUCCUAAAAGUGACCUUGACCUCUCUGUCAACUUUAAUACUGAUACCAAGGAUCAGUUUCCUCGCAAGGACAAGAUUUCUGCUAUUAGGAGGCUUGCAAAAGUUCUACAUUCUCAUCAGAGAAGUGGUCGUUGUUAUGGUGUUUCACCUAUUGUAACUGCUAGAGUACCUGUACUGAAGGUUAUUGAUCAGGGAACUGGUGUAGAGUGUGAUAUUUCAGUAGAAAACAAAGAUGGCAUGUCAAGAUCAAUGAUAUUUACAUGUAUUUCAUCAAUUGAUGAUAGAUUUCGGAUACUGUGUUAUCUGAUGAAGUUCUGGGCCAAGGCACAUGAUGUUAAUAGCCCCAAAGACCGAACAAUGAGCUCGAUGGCAAUUAUUUCUUUAGUUGCUUUCCAUUUACAGACCCGGCAUCCUCCAAUAUUACCUGCAUUUUCUGCCAUAUUGAAAGACGGUUCAGAUUUUGCAAGUAUUGAGAGGAGUGUCUCGCUGUUCGAGGGUUUUGGGAGCAGAAAUAAAGAAUCUAUUGCUGAACUUUUUGCAUCACUAAUGAGUAAACUAGUCUCAGUGGAGGGUUUAUGGGAGCAAGGGCUCUGUGCCAGCAAUUUUGAAGGAUUAUGGAUCUCGAAGACCUGGGAAAGAGGUGUCAGUAACUUGAGUGUCGAGGACUUCUUGGACCAGUCUCAGAAUUUCGCCAGAUCCGUGGGGAAGGAGGAGAUGCAGAAAAUCUGUGAAUACCUAAGGGUUACUGUUUCUAAUUUGAGCAAGUUCUUUAUGGGUAAAAUUGAUGCGCCCAAGCUGAAGGCCCUUUUGUUUGGGCCCCUUAACCAGGAUAAGCCAAUCACUAACGUCAACCAAAAAAUUGCUAAAGGGAAGGACGUUAAUCGGAAUAAGACAAGCACUAACCCUAGGCAGAAAAAUGAUAAGAGGAAGAACCUUGAUCAGGAUAAGCCAGUCACUUGUCCCGUUGAGAAAGAUGCUAAGAAGAAAAGCAUCUUGGGACCUGACUCGGGAAACAGUCAUGUGCAACAGAAGAGAGUGAAGCCUACUGCACACACUGUCCCGGCUGCUUAUAUUCCUGUUUCUAGUUCACGGCCUCCUACUGUUUUUAUCCCUCAGAUGCAUCGGCCAGUUGUUGCCACCCAACCAAGUACUCAGUUUGCUCAUAUGCCUCAGCAUCUGAUUACCUCUUCAGGGCAUGCUUAUGAGUUGUCACGACCACGUUUGCAUUCAGUUUAUCAUCCUCAUCAGGGAUUGGUAGGCCUACCACAGGGUAAUUUCAUUCAUUUAAAUCCUGUUCAACUGCAGCACCAAGGCCAGGUUAUCAAUGGCUUUCCUCCAGCAGCCCAGCAUCCAGUGAUCAAUGGCUUUCACCCUCACCCGUACGGUAUCAAUGGUGCUCAGCAGAUGCAGCUUAACGAUGAUAGGUUUGUUCAGAGAACACCAUAUGGAUUUGGUCCGAGUUUAUGGAGAUGACAGUUGCAGUUUUAGAUUGUUGUGUACCUGGGUGCGGUUCUAUUUGAUGUGUUUGUAAAAUGAAAAUGUAAGGUGAGAAAGGAAACUGCGACAUCAUUUGAUUUGAUGUGUUGUCAAUUCUAUUUGCUUUGUCAA